CGGCCGCCAGGUCUGGGAAUCUAGCAGAAGCUCCGGGAGCUCCGGUUUUCGGGCACUAGUCGCAGGGUUCGAGCGCUCGAGGGUGGGUCAUGGUGUGUACAUACGUGAGUGAUGCACGCGAGCGCGCGGGCGCGCGUGAGAAACCACAUAGAGAAGUAAGUCUGUAGACUAUAAAAGAGGGUUUUGCGGCAAGAGGGGGAGAGAGUGAGAUAGAGAGGUCACGUGACCCCGAGAGAAGAAGCAAAUACGAACAGGCGGAAAGGUAUAGAGUGAGAGAAUCACGAGAAGUAAAGAGGAAGGAGGAACACGACGAAAAGGUGCGUAGCGGUGGUGGUGGUGUGCUGCUGGUUUUAAAGGAGAAAAAGGAGGAGAGAAGGGUCAGAUAGUUGUGUACGUAGUAGGACAUAAGUGCUGUGGCGGAACAGAAGGUAGACGCAAGGAAGCGGUGGUGAUCGUUUCACGUUCUGUCUGUCUCUUUCUCGCGAAGACGAAGCUUUUUAUCGUCGCAGUGUUAUCGAUCGCGCUACGUCUUCGUUUGCGAACAAUUUUCACCUCCGUCGCGAUAUCCUCCGAUCGCAUAUCACACGCACAACAAUCAGCCUACUUCAGUACGUAUACACUCCUCUUCCUGCCCGUCUCCGCCCCGCCAUCGUGUUUCCACCGCUGCCCACCCCUCCUCGCGAUUUGCCCGUCGCUCGCUGUGCGUCUCCUCUUCGCCGCGUGCGCGUUCCCGCGGCCGCGGCUCGUCGAGGGGGCCGGUCGCCUUCGUGGACAACGCUCCGUGAACGAGCGUUCGCGCGGGGGUAAGGAGCGAAGGGACCGACCGGAGUGCCGGGAGCACAGGUGCAGGUGCAUACAUAUAUACAUAUACACACGGCGACCACGAUACGAUACGACGUGUAUGCGCGUCGCGGCGGCGACUCUAACGCAGUAGAGAAGUGAACGCCGCGAGGUCCGUGCGCGGGGGAGAAGGUGAAGAAGUCGCGGCGCGAAGGAGGAGAGAAGAAGAAGAAGAAGAAGAAGGGGAAGACGGAGGAGACACGCGCGGCACGUAUAGAGCCGUACAAGUAGUACCGAGCGGGCAGUCGCGAGUGAUAGAACGUGUGGUGUUGCGAAAACUACGGUUUCGCCGACGUUGCAGUCAUCCUCGUUACUAGCCGAGUCUUCGUCAGUUGGUCGUUAUCGCUGUACAGUGCCGUUACAGACCGUCGAUCGACGUUCGUUGUAUCGCGACAAGAUGAACGACAGUGCGGAGCCGCCGCCGUCGUCGGACACGACGGCGGUGACGGGAGGCGAAAACGACGACGGACGUUCGAAAUCGCGGACUACGAUCGACGACGACUCGACCGGUCGAACAGCUGCCGCUGCUCCUGCGUCUACUCUUACUUUUACUUCCGCACCUCCUGUUCCUGCCGGUGACACCGCGACCGCUAUCACCGCUACGACUACGACGACGACGUCGAUGGCGAUGGUUGAGUCCGAGUGCCGCGGUCAGCGGAGUUCAAUAAGGGGAACCACGUCGUCCCCGGUAAUACGUGCAGCUACCUCCUACCCGACGACGACGCCGCCGCCACCGCCGCCGCUGCCACCACCGCUGCUACCGCCGACGCCGCAGCCGCAGCAACCGCCGCCGGGGUGUGGCUGCGUCGCAGCCGCGGUCGACAAGGACGAGAUCACCGUGAACAUCACGCCGACCACCGGCGGCCAGUUUGAGCUCACGGUGGAUCGUAAUGACACUGUGGAGAAUCUCAAGAAGAUCAUCUCCAAGAGGCUCAAGGUCGUCAAAGAGCGGAUCUGUUUACUGUAUCGCGAGAGGCAGUUGCGUGAGGGAACGCUCGAGGAAAACGGCCUACAACAUGGUAGCCGACUGACGUUGCUGCCAAGCGUGGAAACCGGACUACUGGCACAACGGCCGGAGCAGAGUGUAAUGCAGGCCUUGGAGAGUCUCAAUGAUUCACAGGUGAACGACUUUUUAUCCGGCAAGGCUCCGUUGAACCUGACGAUGAGAUUGGGCGAUCACAUGAUGUUGAUUCAGUUGCAACUGUCAACAGUAACUCCGGCUUCGCCAACUGCUAAUCAGACCGCGAGUUCACCCGGCAACAGUAGCAACAAUAAUCACCACCACAGCCACAAUCAGAGUAACGUCAGUGGCUUGUCCAAUAGCGGCGUCAAUAGUUCACACGUAUCCAACUUGACUGGCAAUCACGCCACCUCGUCGUUACAGACUAGAAGAUGUCCUGCGCUCACUCGUUCAUCGAACAGUAGCAGCAAUAACACCAACAGCAGCAAGCUGCAGAGCAAUGUUCCGGCUAGGACGUCGCAUCUGAUCAACAGCUUGGCGAGUGCUCUGCACGCUGCCGCUAAUUGCGGUACCAGUUUGUCCACCGCCACCACCACAACCACCACGACUAGUUCAUCACCGCCGGUGUGCUCCAGUCGAGUGACGACCGCUUCCUCGUCGGCAUCCACGGGACCGCAGUCGUCCGUCAGUCAGACGUACUUAUCGUCUUGCAACAACAACAAUAAUAAUAAUAAUAACAGCAACGUUCAGUCGCAGUCGUCUUCGCGCAGCAAUCACAGCUCCAUCGCUGUCGCUCCUCCUACCACCAGCAGCUCAGCCGGCGGCAGCGCGUGCAUACCUUGCCCUGUCUAUCACCAUCAUCACCAUCACGGUCACCAUCACCAUAAUCAUCAUCACGGCUAUCGCCUUCAUCAUCACCACUAUCACCACCAUCACCAUCAUUCAAGGGACAAGCCUGGCAUUAGAUUCUAUCCCAACUCUUCUCCUACUACCUCCUCGUCUUCCUCUUCCACUUCUUCUUCUUCUUCUUCUUCUUCUUCUACUUCUUCGUCUCCUCUGAACCCCUCGAACUCGUCGUGCCACUCGAGUCCCACAAACUCCUCGAACCCCUCGGACCGCUCGAUUCCCACAAACCCCUCGAGUCCUUCGAACUCUAGCGGGGGUCUGGUUGAGGACCAGCAACAAUCUACCUCCAACAGCCAUGGCUGCGUUGACUUGAGCACUUACGAUGCAGUGCCAAGGAAGAAGCUCUGUACCGGUUUCCAUCAUGGCCAGCAGCAGCAGUCCAUGACGACAUCCAGUGGUGUAGACGCUACGAGGAGUCAUGGCAUCGUCAUGACGGACGCUGCCGAGUCAAGAGAUCCGCAGAGCUCUAAUUGUACGUCGCUGAUGGAGCAACCAGCUAAGCCGGCUACCCUCGACACCCGAGCACUUGCCGAGGCGUCCCGCAACCUCACGCAGAAACUGAAGCAACUCUCCUCUGAGGUAUUCACCUCGCGGGUCGACCUCGCAGAGGAGAAUGCGAGACGCAGACAGGGGGCCAUAAUAGAGAGCAUGCAUCAUCACGGCAAAGGUGUAUACUCCGGCACGUUUAGCGGUACCUUGAACCCGGCCCUUCAAGAUAGACACGGUCGGCCCAAACGUGACAUCAGCACCAUCAUUCACAUUUUGAAUGACCUGCUGUGCGCGACACCAGCUGCAUCUGCAGGUCAUUACAGGCACCACCAUCACAGACAUUCACAUAGCCGCCAACAGUCCUCUUCAAUAUCUACAUCUUCUACGGGGACGUCGACAACCGCUGGUGGAUCCACUGCGUCGGUUGGUUGUCAUGAUUCCACCACGCCGGGAUACUCAACUGAGGAAUUAUCGAAAGAGAACGAGGCGACAAAGGGCAAGAUGCGCCGCCUGCGCUUAGUCAUGGAACAACGUCGCGCCAAGAGGAAAGCCAGACGACAGGCGCGGGCCGCGCCGUAUACCACGCAGUGGGCGGCGUUGACACCCGCCGAUCCAAACCACGAGCCGAACACAUCAACCGCGAGCACCAGCACCACCAGCACUAAUAGCGCAGAGCCGCAAAACGAGCCGGAGCUCCCUCCGUGCAGUCCGGAGCCGGUCGUAGCUUAAACAAUUACGUCACCAGUCAAUUCUUGGCACAGUAAUAUCCUCUAUUGUAGAUACAUAGGAUAAUUCUCACGUUUUUUUUUAUUUUUUUCCUGUUUUUUUUUUGUUUAUUGCACUGAUUUAUUCCAAAAGAAUGCAAAAAUAAGAUUUUCAACACACAUAUAUCACCGUGGACGCUACGGUUCAUUUCAUACGAGUUGUUCUUUUGAAUCCACAUGUUCCUUUGAAACCAAAAGAACUUCAUAACGCUUUUAACAAUCGGCUUAAUCACGUUGCUUUGUCAUUGCUCCGUAUCUCUCUAGAUCAUUACUGCGGAUUCGCCGAAUCUCUCUUCGUAUGAUGCGAGAGUCUGACGUUACCUCCCGAUACGUUUCUAUAGGCAAACUCCGUUAGAUGCUCCGGAGUAUUCUACCUACGUAAUGACGUCAUCAAAUUGCGUGUAAAAAAGGCUUCGAAGUACUUGCAAUGUUAAACCGACCGCACCCGGUGUAACAUAUACGAGACAGACGGACACUGAAAGAUCCGAAAGGAGCUCCGGUUAUCUUUUCUCUGUCUCUCUCUCUCUCUCUCCCCCCUCUCUCCUUGAGAUUCUCCGACUAUAGAGAUCCGGUUUCGUACGUCGAUGCAAUGUACAGCGAUGCGUCGUACGCGUCACCGCGUACAUCGAGUGUCGAUGACAAGUCGAUGAUGUACCGCAGCGUCCGGCUGGACUCUCAGGACUUUUGGUCGUAGCUGACAAUAAUUGCGAAUGAAUCAGUGUGACGUUUACGUAUCUACGCACAUCGACUGCGCGGUGAAAGAAGUCGAUGAGUCGCUAAGAGAACAGGAACGGAGGAAUCCUAAUCGAGAAACUCACUAAGAUUAAAACUCGCCGAUAGCUGCACCUUCGGCGAGCGAGAAAAAAAAAAGAAGAAAACACAAGAUGAAAUCGUAACUUUGUAACUCCAUCGAUCGCUGUACGCUUCACACAGCGAUAAAUAAUUAUUCUCUCGCUAUCGGGCACUUUUAACCGAUGUCUUAUACGAGUAGAUACGUGUAGAUACCUUAAUCACGCGCGCGUGCGUCGUACGAAUUGUGAAGUAAGACUGUCUUCGAAAAAGCAAUGGCAUACCACAAUCUUGUGGCUCGCCUCGGCGACAGAUUAUAGUCGUCUGAAGCAACAGAAAGAAGAAGCCGUGAUAAUCCUCGCGCGCCCACCUAUGCGGAACUUGUGCAAGUUUGUAUAUUGUCCCUUACGGACCGGUUGAUCUAAAUCACCGCGAUGAUCUUUUUUUGUAAGUAGCAAGUGCACUUUCCAACGUUUACUUUGCGACAAGACGUAAACCGCGAGGGGUUCGAUUUGUUGAGCCGCGGGGAAAAGAAUUGGAAUGCCCCGAACCAAAAAAAAAAAAAAAAAGAGUAAAAGAAUAAGCUAAAUUGAAAAAAA